CUCUUUUAUUCUUUUUCUAGAAGCUCCCUGUGCCACGCCUCUGAUCUGCAGCUUUGGGAGGCCAGUGGACCUGGAGAAGGAUGACUACCAAAAGGUGGUAUGCAACAAUGAGCACUGCCCCUGCAGCACUUGGAUGCACCUGCAGUGCUUUUAUGAGUGGGAGAGCAGCAUCCUGGUGCAGUUCAACUGCAUUGGCAGGGCCCGCAGCUGGAAUGAGAAGCAGUGCCGCCAGAAUAUGUGGACCAAGAAGGGCUACGACCUGGCCUUCCGCUUCUGUUCCUGUCGCUGUGGGCAGGGCCACUUAAAAAAGGACACAGACUGGUACCAGGUAAAGCGGAUGCAAGAUGAAAAAAAGAAGAAGUCUGGGUCAGAGAAGAACACAGCAAGGCCUCCAGGAGAUGCUGGGGAGGAGGCAAAAAAAUGCAGACCCCUGAACAAGCCCCAGAAAGGCCUGAACCAUGACCUUCCCCGGCGGCAUUCCAUGGACAGGCAGAACUCCCAAGAAAAAACAGUCAGUGCUGCAGCCUAUGGGGCCCGCUCCCCCUGUGGCUCCCCUGGCCAGUCCCCACCCUCUGGUUACUCUAUCCUUUCCCCAGCCCACUUUAGUGGUCCCCGCUCCUCCAGAUACCUUGGAGAGUUCUUAAAGAAUGCCAUUCAUCUUGAGCCUCACAAAAAGGCCAUGUCUGGGGGCCAUGUGUUCAGAAAUGCCCAUUUUGAUUACAGUUCAGCUGGGCUGUCUGUACACAGGGCAGGGCACUUUGACACCCCUGUACAGUUUCUGCGGCGACUGGACCUCUCUGAACUGCUCGCUCACAUCCCCAGGCAUAAGCUGAACACUUUCCAUGUUCGGAUGGAAGAUGACGCCCAAGUAGGCCAAGGCGAGGAUCUAAGGAAGUUCAUUCUUGCAGCCCUCAGUGCCAGCCACAGAAAUGUUGUAAACUGCGCUUUGUGCCACCGGGCACUUCCUGUGUUUGAACAGUUCCCACUAGUGGAUGGAACUCUGUUCUUAAGUCCCUCAAGACAUGAUGAGAUUGAAUAUGAUGUUCCUUGUCACCUUCAAGGGAGACUCAUGCAUCUGUAUGCAGUGUGUGUGGACUGCCUGGAAGGGGUUCACAAGAUUGUCUGCAUCAAGUGCAAGUCCCGGUGGGAUGGCAGCUGGCACCAGCUGGGUACCAUGUACACCUACGACAUCCUGGCUGCCUCUCCCUGCUGUCAGGCCCGUCUGAACUGCAAGCAUUGUGGCAAGCCUGUGAUCGAUGUACGGAUCGGGAUGCAGUACUUCUCUGAGUACAGCAAUGUCCAGCAGUGUCCACACUGUGGGAACCUGGACUACCAUUUUGUGAAGCCAUUCUCUUCCUUCAAAGUUCUCGAAGCUUAUUGAUGAAAGCUUUGCUUUAGUAAUAGCUAUUUUAUUGAUAUAAUUACUUUACUACAUAUCUUUUAUAGGGGAACAUUCUGUGACAUUAAUUUCUUUUCUAAUUUAAAGCAGAGUUUACUUUGUAUAUUUGUGCCACUAAAAUGAGGGCUGCCCCUUGCCCUGUCUUGAUUCCCAAAUGUCAGUGUGUGGUUAAGACUGGAGCCUAAAUGGGAAGUCAUGCAGAUUUUGGUAGGGUUUCAGUCUCCUGCAGAAUCUCUGACACAGUUCUGAGGUAGUAGGAAGAAUGGGUGACAUUUAGGUGUGGGUUCUGUGGUGAGACUAAAGGUGUGGUGGAAGUGGGGAGGAAGCUUUUACUUAGCUCUCUAGUAAAGACCUGCUGUUAGAUGCUUGGGCCUUGGGGAAAAUGAGUGACAAGUGAAUGUAGGUCUGAGCCUGAAGACUCUGUUCUUCAGUUCAGGUUGAGGUGCAAUUUACUCCACUGACAAGUGAUUUGAGAGUAAAGUUGAGUGCUCUUUCUUUGUUUAUAAAAUUUAACAGUUUUCAUACUGAAAGUAAUAUCCAAAUUAUAUGAAACUUGAAAAAAACUGUUGCUGAUGCAAAUGUUUUAGGUGAGCUGAAUAUAACAGGUCUUAUGAAGUGAAAUUGGAAAUGAUGCACACUGAAUCAAGAGAGCAGAAAGACAGAACUUGGUUAUUUGAAUUGUUUCUCUAGACACUAGUCAAAAAACCUACAGAAAAUCUGCACAUGCUGUGGUUUUGGUGGGCAUGGUUUACAGCUUGCAUGGCUGAAGUAAUUGUUUGGUAUCCAGAUCUUCUCAGAGAUAAACCUCUAGCCUAACUGUGCUACAGAACCAGUCAGGCCACACGUCUCAUUUAUCUACUGCCACAUAAACACAGUUAAUACUGAGUUUCCAAAAUCAGAGUUGACCUGAAGAAGAAAGGGGAAAUUGGUUAGAAUGAUGAAGAACAGCUUUUAUUCUUUUAAAAGUGCGUUUUGUUUUGGUAGCAGUAAUGCAAAGAGCAUAUUUGAAAAUAGAUUAUCCUGAAGAUUCCUAUAAUCUCUUAUUGUUUUUUUAAAAUUACAUACAGAAUACCAGGUAUUCCAAAAACAGCCCCUGUUUACUAGAACUUGAGGCUUCAAUGUGCUGAAGACAUCCUUGUAGAAUUAGAAUUAGAGAAUUACUUCUCAUGAAGGAAUUUGAUAAUUUCAAGUAUGAUGCAGAAAUACACAUUAAAAGAAUACUUAAUAUUUCAUUAAAAGAAUGAAAUAAUCAUUUCAUGAGUAGGCAAUGUGGGGUUCAUGUAAAUAUUUUAUAUUGAUUACUUGGUUUAUGCCAUCCCCCAGGGGAUUUUCUUUUCAUAAUUGUCUAAGCAUUAUUGCCAAUGAGUUUUAAGUUCUACACAAGUGCUUGUUUUGUUUGAAACCAUAGCAUUAAAGAACCUGUGCUAAACUAAAACUCUUCAUCAGUUGGUUUGUUACACCAACUUGUGGUUUGGUGUUUGAUGAUCUGAAAAGUUUCACAUCUACAAGAAAUGCUCAGGUUGCCUAGGACAAGCAGAAAUCAUCAUUGGUCAGAUGGUGUUUAAUGCAAUUUCGUGAGGUCUAUAGGACAUAAUACUUGCAAAUUUGUCUGUGAUGCACAAAGCUGCAAUUAUGAGUUAGCUGUUUCCCUAUGAAUCUAUUGUACACCUAUGAAUCUGUUGUAUACUCAAGUUAAAAUUUUGGUAAGCUUCUAUUCAAAUUCCAUAUUUCUGUUUGUUUCUGAUUUUUAAAAUAAAUACUUGUAAUGCUGUUCUUUAACCUAUUGACAUUUUCUAUAAAACUUCAUUAUUGUUCGGAAGUCAAUCUAGCCAUUGCACCCAGUGAGUUCUUUAGAUUAAAAAGAAAAAGAAAAAAGAAGCAAAAAACCAAAACACUAUGGGCUGUAAGCCACAUUCUGUUCUUGUUUCUUAGAUUGUUUUCUGCCCCUCCCCAAUGAAGAAGUUUCACUAUAAUUGGAUAACAUUUGCUUUUGAUGUUAUGUUGAUGAUAAAAUGAGGACUAUAGUUGUAUGUAGUGAUAUAAAAAGAGAAGCAUGAGCCCCGUACUCUAAUAAUUAUUUUUUGCCUUUUAGUGCAUUGAUUACAUUUUUGUCUGAAAGGAAAAACUUGGCUGAUUUGAGAACAAAAUACAGUUGAGUAUACAGUAAUUGCUUUAAAGAUAAAUCUUAGUUUGGAAAUCUGCUGACCUUAAUGUUUUCACCAAACUUUGGGUGAACAUAUUGGUUAUUAUUGGAAUGUGUCAGGAAAGAUCACCGUUUUUAUUGAAGUUGGGCUUUUAUUAAAAGGCAUCAGUCAUCCAGGAGAUCUAACUUCUGUUUUUCUCAUGAGUAGUAAAGUGAUUUUUAUCUACUUUAACAUUUUUAAUCAUUUAUUUUUAAAGAGUUCCAUACUUUGAGCAAUUAAAACUGCCUGUUCCCAUCUUGAGAGAAGCUAAUUUUUUAUCAUUUUCUCUUCAGGCCAUCUCAACUCUCCGCUUUCAUCUGAUCACCCGAUCACAUGGAAGCACUUGGUAACCUUGGGCUUAUUCCUUUAAAGGUAGACUUUAUCCUAUAAAUUGGAGGGAUGAGCAGAUUGUUCUUUAUACAAAGGAGCUUCCCCAGCAUCCUGUAAUUUCCAAUUUUUUUGUAAAAGGGGUUCAUUUUUGUAAGUAAAGGAAAUUUCCAUACCUUUCUGGGAGAAAUUAACUUAUGGAGGAAGAAUAUUACAUGUUUAAAUGCUUAAACUUAACAGAUUGACCCAUAACUUGCUAGAUGACCUUUCUGAGUUCUUCAUGUCGUCUCACCACACCAGUGCUGACUGUGCAGUCUGCUCUAUGCCUGUUUUCUAUCCUGUUUGUUUUUUUUGUUGAAUUCCUUUUAGGAAGCACUUGUUGAGUAAUUGUAGUUGGAAGAUUGGGGAAGAGGUGAGGAGAAAGCACUUUUGUUUAGGGUAUGGUUCCCAUAACAGGAUGCUGCAUAGCCCAGUUAGCUUUCAUGCUUUGUUGACUUUGUUAUUUUUCCAGGUAAUUGAAAGAAAAUAUAAUGAAUGGACACCAUGAAAACCAGCUCAAAAAUAUGUUGUUGUCUAUAAAGAUUUCUUGUCAAGAUGUUUGGAUUGCACUUUUGUUGAGGGAAGCCGGUGUAAAUACUUUAAGAAUGUUGGUAAAAUUGAAGCAUUUGGGUUAUGGAAUCAUGUGUGGUAUUAGAGGGUUUCUAUAUGUGAAAGGUAUGUAUUACAAAUAAUAAAAUUUUAAAAACAAACACUGAA